AUGGUUAGUUUAUCCAACGAUAGACUUCAUUCGGGGGGUUACUUUGGAUUUUCAGAUGAUCACGCAGCCAACUCCGAUGAUGAUCUUAUUGUGGAUCACAUAGAGCUUGUGUCAGGGCCAGAAAUCACCCACCGACCAAUGAACAUUUCCUGGGCAAUCAUAUUGACAGAUAUUAUUUAUGUUGGACUUGUAAUAUCUGCUUACCUAAUCCCAGUUCAGUGUGAUGAUACAGACGGAGCAUGCGGUGAAGAUCCCUUGUCAUUAACUAUGUACAUUCAUGGUGGGAUGUGGUUCAUUCUGUUUGCUGUUGACAGAUAUCUUCAACACAAGCAUGAUCAAAGUCGCCUUUAUGGUUAUCUGGACUUCUACAGGCAGACCAGAAACCUGCGCCGAAUGCCGCUGUUUAUAAAUUCUUGUGCCAAUGCUUUGCUAGUGAUAGUGAUGAGAGUCUUGGACAGUCAUUGCGAUUCCAAGGGAAACUGCAAAUUUCUCAACAAAACCCACUACAUCCAGAUCUUGAUCAGUUUUGAGUGCAUGCUAGCUCUUGUUAUACUGUUAGUGUAUCUAGUCCACGUUAUGAAGUUCAACUUCAAGAAAGCUUUGCCAGACAUUACACUGACUGGACUCACUGCAAGUUAUGAGAGCUUGUAUUUAUCCUCGGAUGUUGGUCUCAGAAAUGCUAGUGGUUACUGCUACGAAGUUAUGGAGAAACAAGCAGACAUGAUCCGGUAUUUACAACAACACACUGAGAUGCUGGCCAGGAGAAAUCUGACACUGACAGAUGAGGUCAACAGGUUAAAGAGUCUAAGGCAAAAUGGACCAAUUCAGUGA